GCGUCCUCUCCAGUUCUAAAGCGGAAAGUGGCGCCUGACCGAUGGGCUCACAACCGCCCCUCCCUUCUCCCGCUGUUGCUAGCGAGAGCAGUUCUCUUGGCACUGCGCCCACCGGUACUUUCCUCCUCGCCGCUAAUUUCUCCACCGCCAUUUAUUUCCUCUUAUAAUAACACGUCCACAUGUAACACUAACAGCAAUGAUAUCAACACCAAGAUCAAUCUUAGUUUGUGCGCUUACUUAUAUGCGCUUCGCUGAUCUUCCAUCUUCGAUCGCCGAGAUCGAGGGGUCGGCCUCCAUCUCGAAGGCUCGAGUUUAUGCCGACGUCAACGUGAUUCACCCGAAAGAGUACUGGGAUUACGAGUCUCUCACAGUGCAAUGGGGAAAAAUCUCACCGGUUCUCCGUGAAAAACACAGGCGGGAAUAAAAUUUGCUCGCAUGGAAGAGCAGCAAAGUUGGAAGAGCAGCUCAGAGGGAUACACAAGGUUUCGCUGAAACCUGUUCUCCCGCGAAAAUCACAG